AUGUCUCCCUCUACCUCAGUGGGUUUUUCAAAUCUACUGAAUCCCCAGGAAGCGACAACGACCUCCCCCGUCGUCGCGGCUCCGCCGACCACCACUCUCGCUUCAGAAUCCUCGAUGGCCUCUUCGGUCAGCCUCCUCCCGCCGCUCAUGAAGGGUGCUCGUCCGGCCAACGAGGAAGUCCGUCAGGAUUUGCCUCGCCCCUACAAGUGUCCUCUAUGCGAUCGGGCCUUCCACCGCCUGGAGCACCAGACCCGUCACAUCCGCACCCACACCGGGGAGAAGCCUCACGCCUGUCAAUUCCCCGGCUGCACGAAGCGUUUCAGCCGCUCCGAUGAGUUGACUCGCCACUCCCGCAUCCACAACAACCCCAAUUCUCGUCGCAGCAACAAGGCUCAGCACCUCGCGGCCGCCGCCGCCGCGGCAGCGGCCGGUCAGGAUGCGGCCAUGGUCACCGCGGCGAACAUGAUGCCUCCUCCCAGCAAGCCCAUCACUCGCUCUGCGCCUGUUUCUCAGAUUGGAUCGCCGGACGUGUCUCCCCCUCAAUCCUUCUCCAACUAUGCCAACCACAUGCGUUCCAACCUCGGCCCUUAUUCGCGCACCUCCGAGCGCGCUUCAUCCGGUAUGGACAUCAACCUGCUGGCCACCGCGGCGUCGCAGGUGGAGCGCGAUGAUCACCUGGGCUUCCACGGCUCAAGACACAACAUGUUCGGAUCGCGUCACCACGCGCGUGGUCUGCCCUCGCUCUCGGCAUAUGCCAUCUCGCACAACAUGACCCGAUCGCAUUCCAAUGAGGAUGACGACGCCUAUGGGCAUCGGGUCAAGCGCUCGCGCCCUAACUCACCCAACUCUACCGCUCCUUCUUCGCCCACUUUCUCUCACGAUUCUCUGUCCCCCACCCCCGACCAUACGCCUCUGGCGACUCCUGCCCAUUCUCCUCGUCUUCGUCCACUGGGCGCCAGUGAAUUGCACCUUCCUUCGAUCCGUCAUCUGUCUCUUCAACAUACGCCCGCUUUGGCGCCAAUGGAACCUCAGCCUGAGGGUCCCACCUAUUACAGCCCCGGUCAAGGUCACAUGGGUCCCAGUAUCAGCGAUAUCAUGUCAAAACCUGAUGGCACGCAGCGAAAAUUGCCUGUUCCACAGGUGCCCAAGGUCGCCGUACAGGACAUGUUGAACCCUUCUACUGGUUUCUCCUCCAUGUCUUCCUCGACGAAUAAUUCCGUGGCUGGUAAUGAUCUGGCGGAUCGUUUCUAG